GAGUGCAGUAUAGUGUUCUCUUUACAGACCUCUGUAAGGUCAAAAACAAACAGGAAACAGAAAAAAAUGCAGUCAUCCAAAACCUCCGGGUUAAAUUAUUCUUCUUUCAUGUUAGAUAUAGCAAUGGAAUUUUAAAUUCCAUCAUUAGUUACAUUCUUUAAUAAAAUCAAUCUUACACUGACAUUAUGAUAGAGUUUACUCUAGUAACUAGAUAUUACCUAUUCUUCUUCUAUUAUUGUUAUUGUUAUAGUUGCAUUUACACAUUUAAGUGUUUCAGUGUUGGAAUCAAAAAGUCAGAUUAUGCCUGACUGUGAAAUUUUAAAAACAUGAACAAAAAGCAGAGUGGCUGAAGUUAAAGUACGAUGGUGAAACAACACAGCAUUGUGCAUUUGGCUGUGAGUUUCUAAUUAUGUUGUAAAGUAACUUGAUAACACAAAGUCGAUCAAGUCAAUAUUUAGUGUGUCUUUCAGUUUCAGUUUGCAGUGAACAUGAAUAUAAACGUACACCGCUCCUCUUCUUGAUGGCAAGAAAAAGAGGAAGCAGCAAGUUUGAAAGGAAGCGUAAUGAAUUGCCAUCAUUAUUGAAUGAUCGUGAGGACAUUGUUGAUGCGUCAGGGCAAUACAAGAAUUGGGUCCUUUAAAUAAAUAUUUAUAUUGGGAAAUACGUGUGAUAGUUCAACACUUCUUGUUACAGGUCAUUGUAAUGUUUAUUUUUCAUAUUUUUCUAAACUUGUAAGUGAAAAAAAGUUACAUAUUGGUGAAAGACACCUAAAGCAUGUGGAAGAACAGAAGAGUAUGUUACUGCAACAAGAAUGUGCUCUGAGAGUGUCACGAGCUUUCUAGCAUUUCUGAGCCCUCGGUCUGUACAAGUCUCCUCACCAGGGGACCCAUCUGCCAUGAUCCAACCACUAUACGUACUGUACUGCAUGUUUCCUCUGGUCGCCUUUAAUCAUCGGCACUUCAAUGUGAACUCUGCUCAACCUGAUAAUAAUGGUCUUUUACAGCCUUACCGCUGUGUAUGUCGUGUAAGUUGUGUUGAUGAAAGCGAGCUGUAUGUGUAGAAGAUUAAUUGUGUUACCUCUUGAAUGUUAUCUAAAAAGGUCAUUGUGGUAUUGUCGAAUACUCGAUGGACGUGGUACAGAUUUAUAGUUUUUAAUGAACUGCUUGUGGGAUACUGAAGUUGCAUUAACCACAUCCCACUACUCUGUAUAACGUAGGAUAAAUGCCUGUAUCUGGGAAGCAGGUGCCUUUUUAAUGCACUGUAGUAUUCUUUUGUUGUUUGUUUUUCUUGUUUGUUUUUUUUUGUGCAUGUUAAUAAUUUUGGGAAUCCAAAAGAACACUGUAUAUGGUAACUUGGAAAAAAAAAUACACAAGUUGAGAGAACAUGUUAGGAUCACCAGCUACUAAAAAUAUGUCACUUUUCUUUUUGCUUUAUCGAAGCAAAGCACAAUUGGCAUUGUUAGAUUUUGUUUUUAAAUAAAUUAAUGAUAGAUUAGUGAUGGUGUUGCCUUUUUUAUAUCUAUUAUAUCUAAAAAGCAUUUUGUGAUUAUUUUUCUGGUGUGUGAAAGGGGUAAAAGGUUAUUAUAGUUAACUAAUGCUUAAAUAAAAGUGAGUUAGGAAUGGUAACUGCAAUGAAAAAUUAAAUAAGAAUAAACUAUAGUCAUGUUAAAGAGAGAAUACACCAUAUUUCAGUUUCAAAGUUCAACAGGUCAAUUAUUUAAAUACAACCUCAGAUGAACAACAGCGUGAAUUAUUACACUGUGCAUGAAACACUAAGUACAUCCCAUCACUCAGUAGCUUGUAGAACAAACUAUUAUUACCAGGACAGAUUUUAAAAAGCUGAAUAUAUUCAGUACAUACGGGAACAUAAACCCAAAGAUAAACAAGCAGACACAGUUAACUGUAGGUGGUAGGUUAUUGUUCAUUACUGUACUUCUAACAGCUGCUUCUGACAUGACAAUUUCUCUCUGCAAAACAUUAAUAUCUUCCAGUUUUCUGUAGUAUUUGGAGUGAAAAUAACUCCCAGUAUGUCCAAAAGAAGUAAAGGCGAUCAAAUGAUGCAAACACAUUAUUAGCACAUUAGAGCUAAUUUUGUUUAUUUAUUUUUAAAGAGAUCAAACUGCUAAAUACAUUAAAUUCUCUGGUUGCAGAUCUGGUAAUGUGGCAACUUUUGAUGCAUCUGUCUGUUUGUACAGACAUCAUUAUGUGUCAGGCUGAGGAAGGAGGGAGGCUUGCUUUGUUAGGCCCAUGGGAGGCUGUGAGGAGGAUAUAUAGUGGAUCGAGACCAUGCGAAGCCUUAGUGGCAAUGAGGACCAAACAGAGGCGACAGGUGUGCGUUCUUCUACCGAACAAGCAGCACCUGGAUUGUGCUGUCACGGUGAGUGACCACAGGGCCUUUCUGUAGCAUAUUUUCUUGUUUGGUAUUUUACUGUGACACGUCACAUGGGCACACAGAAACCUAAAUUACAUUCAUGUUAAGAUUGCAUUGAUCUGUCAGUAGGGUAUAUUUAUUUUUAAAACAGUGGAAGAGCUAAAACUGUAUUUUAUUAGAAAAAAACAUAUUUGCAAGAAAGCCAAAACACUGAAAGCAUGGACUCUCAGUAUGUUUUAUGUUUUCUUUUUUCUUCUUCCUGUGUGUUUAUAGGUAAAAGCCAGAGGCCGUGAGGUGUUGAACAGUGUGUUGAAGCAUCUUGGUGUCAGUGAUCUUCAAGUGUUUGGUCUAGCUGUUAUGAAAGGGCAGUUAGUUUCUGCGCGGGAGUUCAGGAGCAAAUGUUUUUUAUUCAUUAACUGUGGAACGCUGAGAUUCUGGGAGGCUGCUGAUAGUGAGUGAACCUGCUGUAAGAUAUGAUAAAUGGAAAGCCAUCUCCUAUCAGCCGUAAACAACAUAACUAAGGGAUAACACGUGUUAAAUGGACUCAUUGUGUUGAUUUCAUGCAGCGCUGUCAAACAUAUGGUUUGCAGGACAAAUAUGGCCAAAACUGAGUUAUUUUACUUGAGCGUGCAAGUUAUGUCGAAUUUUUUCUUCCUAUUUUUCCACUCUUUCCUGUGCAGCAUGAAGUGUUGUGUCAGGAGCAAACCUACCUCAACUGUUAAUUUUGCCGCCCUACCGAGAAGUGUGAAAUAUGGUCAGUUUCAUGGCUGUUCAUAGAUGCGGUUCUUUGAUUAAGACAGUUGCAGUUCUUUUUAAUGACAGCAGAUUUAUUGAAUGUGGAAAAACUGAGACAUGUUGUUCAAAUUGCGCUCACUAUCUAAGACACACCAGCUAGUUUGUGAUCCCAUAAGUGUGAAUGUUUUAAAAAUGUAUUUGUUCUUCUUCAGAGCAAAUGCAAUGGAAAUAAAAGGCCUUUGUACUGCUAGGUUGUUAGUCAAUAUUUAUACUUUUCUGGGCCACAUGGUGUGAAACUGAGCUGUAUGUAGACCCUAAACUGAGCCUGACAUCUCUGAUUGAAUGUGUGCUUUUUUUUUUUCUCCUUUUUUUAAGAUAAUGAUUACCUGUUUCUUGAUUUGGACCAAAAGCUGAGCAAGUACUUUGGGAAACGAUGGAACAAAGGAUAUGUAAUGGUCCCGUUUAUCUUAUUUCUAAGAGUCCAGUAUUAUGUAGAAAGUGGGCUGCUAAUUUUGAGCACCACAGUGCAGCAGCUCUACUACACUGAGCUGAGGCAGAAGGUGCUGCGUUCACAGAGCCACCAUCAGGAGGCUUUGUUCUUCCAGCUGGCAGCCUCUGCCCUCCAAGCUGACGUUGGCGAUCUGGCACAGGGAGAGGAGACUGAGGAAGACGGAGAAGAGAAGAAGCAGGAGAAAAAACACAGAUGCUACUUUCUCCCUGAAGAUUACUUCCCCUCAUGGCUCAUAAAGCGCAGAGGGAGAGAGUACUUACUUCAGCACAGCCCAGUGCUGCAUGGUGAGCUGAGGGGGGUGUCCCGCAGGCAAGCCAUCCUGCACUUUAUAAAGGAAGCCAACGAGCUGCAGGAUGGACCUGUCACAUUCUACAGGAUGAGAGAGGAGGACAAACAGCCGAGGAGUUUAAUCCUCCUCGGUGUGACAGUGAAAGGAGUCCAUAUUUGCCAGGAGGUGGAAGGGAAACAAUCUUUGUUGUACGAUUUCUCCUGGACAGGUAUUGAUCGCUUCACCUUUCAGGGCAACAGGUUUGAAAUCACUGCUGUGGGCUCUUUGUGCCUUCCUAAGCUGGUUUAUUACACUAAAUCAGCUUUCCACUCUAAACACAUCCUGAGGCACCUCCGUGACAGUCACCAACUCCACAUGAACAUCAGAGAUGCAGUCAGUUCCAUCCAACAGCUGGAAAACAUGGGUACCAAAGAAGCCUACAUCUGCGACACAGCGUGCCUAAGAAAGAGUCUCCAGUGCAGCAACCUCACAUCUUCAAUGUCCGACUGCAGUGAUGCUCUGGAAACAGCUACUGCCUGGUUUAAAGAGGAAAAGGAAGAGGACGGAGGCUCUACAACAGAGUCUGAGCUGUGGUUGGACGAAUCAGAGGAGUUGUUUGUUGAUGAUCCAGCUGAGGUGUCCUGGCUGGCUGAGCUGCUCCGUGGUGUGUCUGUCGACGCUCCUUUGAUGUUACCCUCUUUUUGCUGGGCAGCUGUCACCAUGGAAAUGAAACAGGUGAGCAAACUGCAGGUCUGUCUGUUUGAACAUUUCCAGCACGAUCCUGCAUCAAAGCCAACAUCCUUCUCUGUGAUCUUCAGGUUCUGUGGAAAAAAACGGAUGAAGGGAUAUCUGUGGACUAAUUGAGAUUCAGAGGAUGCAGGGGUUCAUCACCCGUUCUUCAUCUCAAGACAAGGAGACACCUGUUGGAGUUUGUUGUUAUGGAGCUAAAAUGCUGAAAGGAUACAGCUGAGCGUUAUAUUUUGUUUGCUUAGAGGAAACCUCAUUAUAUGUGGUAAAACAGAAGCCAUAUAGUGACCUGAGUAGUUAUAACUUGCUUUAAACUAUACAGCCUAAAGUUGCAGUAAUUACACUUCAGAAAUCGAAAGAGGUAUAAUAGUGUUUUAAUACAUAUUUACAAACUAAACGUAUUAAAAUAUCAAUAACAUAAUAAAUACAACACUUGGGACAUUUUUGUCAUUCUUUGAACAGUGCUAUUACAAUCAGUGCUGACUUCUGUUCAUUUGCCAUUAUUAAUGUUACCAUUAAAAAAUUGUUUAAGGUAAUAUGUCAGAUUUUAUUCUGUUUUAUGAUUCAUGUGAAAUUAUGUUGUCAGGCUUCCACAGUGUGGCAGUAUUUCCAAACAAUCAGAGUCCAUGCCAUCAUGUGAGAGGUCUAAGAUGCUGUGUUAAGGGUGCACUCUCCCCUGGAGGUGUGGGUUCAAGGCACACUCCUGUUGUUGCGUUAAACCAAACAUAUAUAAAUGAGCUUUUCUGAAAAUAAAGUAAAGAUCUGUGUACAAUAUCAGAAGGUUGGUAGCAAAAUCGGAGAGCAAUGCACUGUGUAGGACACAUGGAAGUACAGUGCCGAGGACUAAUCUCCUUCAAAAACACAAUGAUAAAACCCUAAUACUAAGCACUCAGAAGAUUGCUUCACUGUCAGUGUUGACAGCUCUGCACAUUGGCUGCUGUGUGAAUCCUGUCUAGGGCUCUCCUUGGCUCUCUGUUCAAAGGGGCUCUCAUGCUCUGGGGGGCCUCUGGACAUUUGGGGCCCAGGUCUCCUCCAUGCCUGCUUCAUGUCUUUGGGAGCAGGCUGUGGCUCCCCACACCUACCUGUUAAAUAGUUAAAUUGAGUAACCUAAUGAACACAAGUGUGCUCACACACACAAGUGUACAAACAGGUACCCACAGACACACUAUCUUGGUCGGCUGCUGCCUCUAAACAUGUAUCAUUAAUACUGUGUGCUGCUCAGUGUUUUUUCUCUCUCUUCUUUUCUAUUUUUAUCUCCCUCUUCUUCUGUUAACUUUCUCCUCAACUCCACUCCCCUCUUUCUUUCUUCUCCCCUGUUCCCUCCAUCUUGUCUGUUCUGAGUCUACUAACUCAAAAUAAAAAAAAUCCUAAUCAAAUUCUAAUAAAAUAUGACUAUAAAGUGGACCACUAUAACAAAAGCCGUAAUGGUCCACUUGGCAAAUCUGUUGGGCCUUUUGUUUUGCCUUCUGACAAUAUUUCUGAUUGCUACAUUGAAAAAAAGAAAAAAAGACAACAAAAAUACUA